CCUACGGCAGCGAAAUCCUGUGAUCAUCUCUGACUAAGUUACUCUAAUUAAUCAGCCAUGGCCGAAACGGAGAAGAGCUACAGAGACCGGAGAUGGAGUCUGGAAGGAAUGACCGCUCUCGUCACCGGUGGAACCAAAGGCAUCGGGUAUGCCAUAGUGGAGGAACUUGCAGGUUUCGGGGCAAGAGUCCAUACUUGUGCCAGAAAUCAGUCUCUGCUUAACGAAUGCUUACGCAAAUGGCAAACAAAGGGCUUUCAAGUUACCGGUUCAGUCUGUGAUGUGUCCUCUCGCUCCGAGAGAGAGAAACUGAUGCAGACUGUCUCCUCUACAUUCGACGGGAAACUCAGCAUCCUCAUAAACAACGUUGGCACAAGUAUUGUAAAGCCGACAACUGAAUACACUGCAGAAGAUUUCUCGUUUCACAUUACCACAAACCUCGAGUCGGCUUACCAUUUAUCCCAGCUCGCACAUCCUUUGCUCAAGGCCUCGGGAUCGGGGAACAUUGUGUUCAUCUCCUCUAUUGCAGGGAUUGUCUCUACAAGCGUUGGAUCCAUCUGUAAUGCAACAAAAGGAGCUGUUAACCAGUUAGCGAGAAAUCUGGCGUGCGAGUGGGCGAGUGACAACAUAAGGGUUAACUCUGUCGCUCCUGGUUUCAUUGCAACUCCUAUGGCUGAAACUGUAUUAGGAGACGACAACUUCUUGAAGGCGGUGAUCUCGAGAAAGCCAUUGGGUCGUGUCGGAGAACCGAGAGAGGUUUCAUCGAUGGUGGUGUUUCUGUGUCUGCCUGCAGCUUCUUACAUAACAGGACAGACCAUUUGCGUGGAUGGAGGUCUCACCAUUAAUGGCUUCUCGUAUCAGCCACAGGCAUUAACCCUUUGAAGCUCUCUCCUCUAGACAAAGAGAUUCAUGUUUCAGAUUAUCUUCUGAACAUGAUAAUCCAUGACUAUGGUGUUUUUCACAAGUGUGUAAUGUAUUCAGACAAACCCCCCUUUUGGCCCAUGGCUCUGUCUUCAAAUUUCAGAUUUUUUUUUUCCAUGAAUCCUUACAGCAAAAGCCGUGAUUCUUCAUUUUCUGUACGGAAGAGAAUUUUAGGCGGUAUCUUCCAUUGAUUUCCAUU